AUGUUUGGUGCAUUGCAAAAUUGGUGGGACAAACGGUGCAAUAGGUGCAACAAAUUCCGAUGGGCCAAUUGCGUGCAGCCGGAGCGAGCAGCUUCAACCGAAUUUGCUUUCACCGACUACACAAACUGGACAAAAGAAACGCCGCCACGCCACGACAGUCUCCCGAGACGUAUAUUUAAUAAUUUCCGAUCGGAAAGGAAUGAAAAAGACUUGCUGGAGGAAAUAGCUUUGAAACGGCUGCUGAAAGAACAUGGCCUGUACAAUAAGCAUCAAACGAUACAGCAACGUCGACGAUUGAAGUAUCUUCUGGCAGUGGAACAACGUGCCAACCUGCUGCUGUGCAGUGAAGGACGUACCCAGGCUUCCAUGGUCCAUUCUCCGACAUGUUCGAUCGAGCUUCAUUCUAUGACAAUCGCUCCAGAUCACCACGUUACGACGACAUCCGAACAGCAAUGUACUUCGGAUGCCAUUCCAGAACUACGGCGAGGAUCUUCACUUUCGGCCCUAGCAACUGCAACGUCUGAAACGAAUACCCGUUCCGAUGAAAUGACCAUUUCGCUUCCGACCAUCGUCCACGAAACCGUAAAGGACAUGGUAAAAGACAGAUGUCUCAAAACGGUAUCCUGGAAAACUUCCGCAUCGAGCGCAGCCUCUACAGUUUUGGAAACUGCAGUGUAG